UUAAAAAUGAAAGGACCAAUAACAUGCUAACCGUAACAAAUAUUCAGAUUUUAGCGAAUAUAUCAAAAACCUUUCGCGUUAACGCUUCAGCGUUUCGCUUCAAGAAAUCGUUGAAAGAAUGAAAUCGUUCUAGGUUUCGAAAUCAAUAUCAGGUGUUUUGUGCUCUAAGAAGUCCAAGCUUGCCGGGUUAGAUUUUGGACCUUCGUACCAGGAACAAUGACGUCAAGACAUGCUCUAACUGUCAAUGAUAAAAAAUUAUGGAUGAAGUGCGCUGGUAACAUACCCUUUGAUCUCUCGAUCAACGCGCUUGUAUAUUACUUACCAGAAGGAGAUGCGGACAAUGCUGGGAGAUCCGAAGACCAGGAAUUGAAAGAUCGCUUAAGAAGCACCUAUAAAAGCGCCUACCUAUGUCAAAUUUUAUCGAUCGAAUAUCUUGCAGAUGCUGAAUAUGAAGAAGUAUUCGCAAAGAUACGGUUGAAAGCUGUCGAGGAAGAUGAGUAUCUUAAUCCACUUGAUGUUUUUGACAGGGCAGAAGACGAUAAUGGUUUUUUUGUGAAAACUCUUACCGACAAUGACAUUAACAAAGCCUUAUAUUUGCCAAAAUCGACUUCGGGUGAGAACGGUGUUUUUCCUUCGUAUGAAGCAAACUCAGAGUUGUCUCAGGACAUUGUGCUAAUUGAUUUUGACGAUAAACGUUGGAAACUUACCCAUAUCUCUCAGAAGGCAAAAGACUGUUUUGGGCUUGGAGCUGGAUGGAUCAAAUUUGUUAAAGAUAAAAAAUUAACUUUAGGAGAUACUGUCAUUUUCAAAAAGAACUCUAAUCCCUCAACAGUAUCGGUUGCCUUCCAAAGGAAAGAUUGUCCUUCUGCCAGAAAAUAUGGCUACAUGAUAGAAGAUUACAGUUUGGAAGGAUGUAUUGUAUCCCAUGCAAGGAGUGCAGAAGCUAAAGAGGAGUUUACAGUCGUAUACUUUCCGCAUUGGAUAGAGUUUUUAGUGCAUCCGAAUGUUUCAUUUAGCUCAAAGGGGAAACUUGCUAAAAACAUGAGGGUUAAGAAGUCAAAUCCCCAAGGUACCGGCCGUAAUUGUGUAGGCGGUUAUUUGCAAAUUCUUGGCGAAGCAAAUGACCUUACAUGGUCAAUGUCAAAGGUUCAUUGGGAUGGCGAAUGCAUCGCAUCGUGGGUCAACCAUUGGCAGAUCCAACCACUCGAUGAUCCGAUUCCGGGAAGAUUGAAGCAUCGCAUACCCAAACUUCGCCCUCGCAGAUCAAACCCUUCGAAAAAAGCUCCAACACUGGAAACUUCAUCCAACACUGAAGAUGUGAUCCCUGAAUCUAACACUGGAGAUGUGAUCCCGAUCCCUGAAUCUAACACUGGAAAUGGGAUCCCUAACCCUGAAUCCAACACUGGAGAUAGGAUCACUGAAUCUGAAUCCAACACUAGAGAUGGGAUCACUAAAUCCAACACUAGAGAUGGAGAUGGGAUCACUAAAUCCAACACUGGAGAUGGAGAUGGGAUCACUGAAUCUGAAUCCAACAGUGGAGAUGGGAUUUAACCUCUAUGCUGAUGCUAAAUUUGGAUAGCCAGAACUUAUAGCACAUUAUCAUUUUGUUGAUACUAAAUUGAGAAAUGUCGCCAAAACUUAUAGCAUA